CUCAUAGCCACAUCACUACACCUAGUCUCAUUGCCAUCACAUCAUCCUCGGACACAUAUUCACGAUGUUCAACAAACUAGGAGCGUCCAUCAUCUGCCUGUCAACCGCGUUCGUCCAGCUCACGCAAGCCGUCAACUACUGGCCGAUCGACACGCCAUCGCAGGCUGAGCCUUGGGUACAGGGACAGCCUAUGAACAUCGUCUGGGGUACUGGGGAUGGGACCGGCGUAUCGACCUUCGACAUCCAACUCCACAACCCCAACAAGACCAUCCUCAACGGCUUCCUCCCCUUAGCACAACGAGUCCCCCUAAAAAAGUUCACUUCUGGGUCGCGUAAAGGGCAAUUCGGCGGAGAAUUGGGGAUCGACCUCGAUGCCACCGCAGGACUGGGGGGGAUGGUAGGGGAUGGGUUUAGUUUGAUCUUUAUGGAUACCGUUUCGGGGACGGUUUAUCAUAAGAGUAAAAAGUUCCCGAUCUAUGCUGGGGCGGAGAGUCCGGCGAAUUAUACGACGGCUAGCCUACCGGACGGUCCACCAGCGACGACGGCGACCAUCACCGCCGCCCCGAACCCUACGCAACAAUGGGCGAUCACGUUGGACGGAACGGUCGUCGGAGGGGAGGUCACUUCGAUUGCCGGCGGACCGGGUGGAGGGCAUUAAGCAAGAUCCCUACUAUCAACAUGACCUUCUGUUCUCUCCCCUCUAUCGCACCUCGACCCGACCUGGACCUCAUAGACGACACCUACUCUCAAAUAUCCCGCCUACACGAAUCCUCACGGCAACCUCUCAUCAACGACUUUUUUCGACGCCCCUCCUUUUCCCGCUCCGCUUUCACGCCUACACCUUACCCGAUACACCCCCAUCAUCAUCCUUGUCUCCUCUUGACGUUUCGGGCCACGAGACAGCAGAGAUGCUACGCUUCAUUCUGUAUUUCUGGUAUAUACAUACACUUUGUUUUUCUAUAUCUACGUGAGACCAUGGACGAUUUCGAUAUCACGACGAGAGAGGGCGGUUGCAGGUUGAUGGUCGAUGCCGUAAUUUCGCGUUUCGAGGGGGAGAGUGAUCAACAAAACACAGCAUUUCGCUGCGAUAUCGGUCGAAGUUGG